AUGAAGACCCUCCGCAAGUCAUUGAAUGGCCACAAGGACCACCACCACAUCUCUACCCCUGCCCCCCUCCCCGCUCUUUCCAAGCCUUCCACCGCCAUCCAACCUCCUAAGAAGGUUAUCAGGGCAAUUGGCGUGUAUAAAUCCACCGCUCCCCAGGAGCUCUCCUUCGAGAAGGGCGAUUUCUUCCAUGUCCUGCAUGAUAAUGGGGGCCUCUGGUACGAAGCGCACAACCCCAUGACCGGAGCGAGAGGGCUUGUCCCCUCUCACCUAUUCGAAGAGUUCGCCAAGGGUACUGCUACUCCUCGCUCGCCCAAGCCCAGUAGUCCUUCCGACCGUCUGUCUAGCUUCAACCCCAAGCCAUCACCCUCAUCACCCAAGCUCAAAACGUACUACGCCAUUGUCCUCCAUGACUUCACGGCAGAGCGUGCAGACGAACUUGACGCCAAGUCGGGCGACCCGAUCACCGUUGUAGCUCAGUCAAACCGAGAAUGGUUCGUGGCCAAACCCAUCGGUCGCCUUGGCCGCCCAGGCCUCAUUCCUGUUUCCUUCGUCGAAAUCCGAGACCCUGCCACGGGCAAGGCCGUGACCGACCUCAACGCGCUCAUUGACAGUGGAGAGCUGCCUCGAGUUGAAGAAUGGAAAAAGGCGGUCUUGAACUAUAAGGCAAACAGCAUCUCUCUCGGCGUUCUCGACGAGGUUGCCAGCAUAUCUCCACUGUCAGCCCCGCCAAGUUCGGCAACAUUCCGACAAUCCUCAGCAGAUCCAGAACCGACGAUCCAGGUUCAAGGUGCUACACCUCUCCCCUCACAGCCGGAACAGCCAGAAGACCCGCCCCGUCCGUCAUCUCCGAAGCUGUUGCCGGAUGGAAUACUUCUUCACGCGGAAGUCAAGUCAUACCAUUACGAGGCAGAUGAAUAUUGGUUCCGGGUGCAAGCUGUCUACCAACCGUACCCCUCCUCUCAGUCGCACCCCCUCCCAUUGGCGAAGGAGCUGGUUCUCUUCCGCUCAUACAACGACUUCUAUGACUUCCAGGUCGAACUGCUUGAAGCUUUCCCGUAUGAAGCAGGGCGUCCGGAUACCUCCACCCGUGUUCUCCCUUACAUGCCAGGUCCCGUGGAUGUUGUCGACAACGAGAUCACUAUCAGCCGCAGGGAGGAGCUUGAUGAAUACCUCCACAAGCUCGCCGCACUCAAGAGCUACGCUCGCUAUAUUGUGGAGAACAAGCUCGUCCGUUUGUUCUUUUCCCUCAAGCCCGGAGAUGGGGAAGUGAAUGUUGAGGCUCGGAAGAGCGAGAUUGAGACUAUCGGGCUGCCGCAACAGGAUCAACAGCCGGAGCCUACACAGGCCGACCCUGUUGGUCGGAUGUCGCAACUUCGGGUUUCUCAGCAUGCAGACAAUCGCCUCAGCGACGCUUCCCGGUACGAAGAUGAGGUCCCUGCACGAGAAUCCUACUACAGUCAAACCCACGGGCAGGAGCUUCGCACACACUCUCGCAAUGGCCAUGGCCGUGCGGAAUCAGUAGCCUCUCUGCGACGCCCAUCCGACGGACUACCAAUUCGUUCACACUCCCCACAGGUCUCUCAGUCCUACUCCCGCACACACUCGCCCGCCCCCAGUCGCUCCCACACACCGCUAGAAAUUGAUCCUUACGAGGCCAACACUGCGGCGUCGCGGUCAUCACUCGCUUCUUCACACGACCCAUCACCAGUAUCAAUGCGCUCCUCACAAAACGGCUCAGUGCAAACUGCUGCGACGUCUGCCUCGGGCCGUUCCAGAUCGGCCUCCAACGCGGCUUACAAUCCUCCUAUAUCCGCUACGAACCCCACAGCUGCGUUCCUAAAGAUCAAGAUCUUCGACCGCGUGUCGGACGACCUGGUGGCCAUCAGGGUUCACCCGAGGGUAACCCACGCACAGCUCGUAGACAAAGUCCAAGCGCGUCUCGGUGGGGAUGUCCUGGCUCUCCGGUAUCGUGACAGCCUCAGCAAUGAGUUCAUUCCGUUGGACAACGACGCCAAUCUACGUGGGUGGUUGGACAGUACGGAUCGGCAUGUACUGUAUGCGGAGUGA